AUGAAGAGAAAUAAACGACCGCCAACCAACAGAAACAGACCCCAAAAUCAAGAAGACGACGUCGAUGAAGAAGAGCAUGAUCAGAAACCCUACCUUCUGCAUUUGCCAGAGCACAUAAUAAUGGAGAUCUUCUGCAAAAUCCCAACAAAAACCCUCAUCCAAUGCAAGCGCGUGUGCAAGUGUUGGCGUUCUUGGCUCUCAGACACUCAAUUCACCAAAGAACUAUUUUCACGAACACCCGCUUGCCUCUUGGUCACUGGCGUCCGCUCGCGCUGGGGCCACUUCUUGGUCGACCUCGACAGGGCCGGGUGGCAAAACGACGUCGCCUUGAAGCUUUUCAGUAUAAGAAGUCUCCGAACUCUUUGUAUGACCAUUGUAGGCUCGUGCAAUGGCUUCCUCUGUCACUACGAAGUCCAUUUUGACUUGAGCUGUCAUCUUCACAUCUCCAAUCCAGUUACUGGUGAGUUUUUAUCUCUCCCAACACCUCCAAAUCCUGAUACACGUGACUGUUAUGGUUUUGGGUUCAGCCCCAUGAGUGAGGUCUACAAGCUAGUUCGGGUUUUGUCUCCAUACGGAAAGCCUGACCAAGUAAUGGUUUUGACUGUUGGCUCUGGCAUUUGGAGAAACAUUGGGAAUCCUGCCUACUCUUUUGAUGGUGUAACUCCUCAUGGGAUUUAUAUCAAUGGGUUUCUUCAUUGGAUUGGUCACAGUAGUAGUGACUGUUCCCGUUUGGUCUGUGCCUUUGAUGUCGAAAGCGAGCAGUUCCAAGAGUUACCACUGCCCCCUUGUAUUUAUGAUCUGGAUGAAACUUAUUUUAAGCUCGGAGUAUUGAAAGGUUGGCUCUCUGUAAUUCUUAACUUGAAUGAUGAUAUCAUUGUUUGGGUGAUGAAGGAUUAUGGAGUGAAGGAGUCUUGGACUAAAGAGCACGAGUUUAAAAAUCCAGUUGGUUUUUUUGGCAUUUCAGUAUUGAAUUUUACAGAGGAAGGGCAAGUCUUGGGGUUACAUCGUAAUCGAUUGCAGGCUUAUGCUCUGGUAACAAAGGGCCUUGUGAGGGUUGAGGUUGAUCAAUUACCUUCAGUGGUUUCGGAGGCAUGGGACCUUGUUCCGAGCUUUGUUUCACUUAAGGAUAUCGCCAGAGGGUUACAGCUUGAAGGUACCAUAUGUCAAUCCUAA